AUGGAGUCCCCGCAGGUCGCGUCUCAGCCGCCCGACCACACCGUCAAGCGCGUAUCCCGAGCUUGUCUACAUUGCCGCCAGCGCAAGUCGCGAUGUGACCUUGACAGCAACGGCAAUCCCGGGAAGCCGCCAUGUCAGCGCUGUGUCCGGGAACAUCGUGAAUGUGUGCUCGGCGGCUCAAAUCGCGGGGGACGACGUAUCCGCAAGAACAAGAUUAAAAACUUUACCCCUGCGACCAAUCAAUCGCCCAGUAAAGAUUCGGAAGAAACUCUGAGCCCUUCGAGCUCUGAAGCUCGCCGUGCGCCAUCUGCAUCGUAUUCUCAACCGGUGGUAUUUCUCCCACCAAACCCACCCGCAGGAGCUACUUCGGUCGCCGUCGAAGAUGAUGGCUCGCUUGAUUCAGUCCCUCGCAACCCUUCAGAUGCCUGGCAGUGUUUGACAGGUAUUGCUACCCAAAGCGCAGGCGUGCCUCCAGAGCGACGCGGCGAUCAUGCCAGGUCAAAGUCCGGCAGCUUUUCAGCGCACAAUGGCCUGCGCAAUAGUAUCGUGUCGGAUUUUAACGCUCCUAGUACCGGGAUUAGAGCUUACCGGCUCGUUCAGUCUCGGGCUUUAGACCCCACAACGGUGUGGCAACUGGUUACUCGUUACGCAGACAACUUCCAUCCAUAUCUCCCACUAGUCCCCAGAAAAUACUUCCAACGUUCCGCGCUGGAUGAAUUUGCCUCUAAUGAGAAAUAUCUUCUGACAGCUAUUGUCACCAUCGCUUCGAAAGAUCUGCUCGACCGACCCGAAAUCCACGAGUGCUGCUCAAAAUAUAUGCUCGAACUGAUAUCGGGCAUUUCUGCUGGUGCUGACUGCGAUGUGGAUGCCAUUGAAGCUCUACUCUUGCUCGCGGAGUGGGAGCCUCACGGCCUUCGAUCCCGCAUUGAGCGUGUGGGUCGUGGAGAGGAGGAUCGUGCUGCAUGGAUGCAUGUUGGCUUGGCUCUGCGCUCGGGCUACUUUAUUGGGCUGGAUCGCACCUCUUUUCGAGGAGAUCCAUACGGUGAUCAGGCGACCGAGGCUCGUCGUCGAUUAGCAUGGGCCAGUUGCUAUGUCUCGGAUCGUUUGAUAUCGGUGCGCAUUGGAAGAGCAUUUUGGUCGCGAGGUCCGGGCCCAAUGACGGGCCUCGUAAGCCAAGAUUUUCCGUCGCUGCAACCGGCCAGCGAGGGAGAGGAAGAUUAUUCGAAAAUCUUCCAGGCGAUACUGGAUCUCACGCAGCUCUAUGGUAAUGUUCACGAGGUCUUAUAUUCUGGAAUGCGCACGAGCAAUCAAAUGAUGUUGAUGGGAGAUUACGUCAAAUAUGUCGAUGACUUCCGUCUUGCUAUUUUGAGGUGGAAAUCACUCUGGGGACCUUUGGAUUGUUCACCGGCCAUGCGGGCCACACUGCAACUAUCAUAUGAAUACCUACGACUUUAUACGACUGCCUUUGCAUUCCAAGCUGCGAUCUCGCAGUCCUUGGCCUCAAAAAAGACUGAUGGAGCUUCCCAUCGGGAUCAGCUCAGAUCUACCUUCAAAAAUGUUGCCUCGAUGCAGGACUCUCGUUUUAUCUACGAGUCUGUCGAUGCGGCCAAAGCCUACUUGACAAUUCUUGUGGAUUCGGUGGAGCCAGAAAGACACUUACACUUUAUGCCCCUUCGCUUCUAUCUGUAUGGAAUCUAUUCUGCAGUUUUCCUCUACAAGGCUCGCUCAUUCGGAAUGAUGCUUCCCUCCGAAGAAGCCAAAGUCCAGGGCUUAGUUGCAAGGACCACCGAAGUCCUCAAGCAAGCGAGCGCUGGCCCUGAUGAUAUUGGCUCGCGCUACUCCCGUCUCCUCGAACUUCUCUGGAAAGCCAAGCCAGCAACUAUAGCAGCAUCCGCCGAAACACCACAAAGCGCCGAGUUUGCAAUGCAAGCACUGUCGAAUCCAGUCGCAGACCAUUCCUACAUGGAUUUCAGUCCUGCGAACGAUUUCUCCUGGCUCGAUCUCGAGGCUGUCGGCGACUAUGUCUCGGGAGAUCAAAUAUCCGGUGGCCUAUUGGGACUGGAUGCUUUCCAGAACCCUGAUCCGUACCAGUCUGGACAAGACCGAUCACAGACGUGGCAGCCGUCAACUUGGCUUGGAGAUAUGAGCAGUAAUCUUCUGUUUUAG